AUGGACGUGGACAACCCAAGUAGCCCGGCGUCCACGCCCGCUGAAGACCGACGCAAGUCGGGUCGCAUGACGCGACGACCCGAAGUCUUUUCGCAGAGCAACCACUCCAUCCUCGAGGCUAAUGCCAGCGGAAAGCGCAAGCGUGGCGACGCGCUCGACCAGUCAGACAGUGAUGACAUAUCGGAGUCCGAAAGUGACGAUGCGGCCGACGAAGAGGCCGACGAGGAGGAACUGAGAGAGAAGCGACGUGCCGCACGCAAGAAGAACACAAAGAAGGCCCCCGCCAAGAGAGGUACACACGCUGCGAAGAAGCCCAAGGUCGCGAGCAAUGGCGUGGGAAGACAGCUGGCUUUUCGACCCGCAACAAACGGUCGACUGCCAACGUCGCGUCCCCGCAAGAUCAAAGUUCGACCCAGCCUGGCAUCUGGUGAACGGGGAUUAUAUGCGGAUGUUUUCGGAAAGAGCAACAAUGCGGAGACGGCUGCUGCCCAGUGGCUGAGUCAAUAUCAAAAUAACCCCGCAGUGGCCAUGCGUGACUUGGUCAAUUUUAUUCUUCGAUGCACUGGAGAUGACUUGGAAAUCACCGAGGAGCAGGUGGUAGAGGUGGACCAUGCGCCUGAACACAUUACUGAGCUACAAGCAGUCUACAUUGCGCACAAGAUCCCUGAUUAUCCCCUCGUUUCCAAAGAGAAAAAAUACCGCGCAUUCCAACCCGUUCUCGAGGAGUUCUUCGCCGCAUUGAUCCAAACCUUCCACCACUCCUCGAUUCUAUACACGGAUGUGGCUCUGCUUGAGAAUAUCCAAAUUUGGAUCUCAUGUAUCUCCACAGCUGGCAUUCGGCCAUUCCGACAUACGGCAACUAUCAUCUCACUAGCCAUGACCACUGCAUUGUGCGGAAUCGCACGCGAAGUAACGACUACGGUAACGACCUCCCGCAAACAGCUCGAGAGCGAGAAGAAGAAGAAGACCGUCAACAAGGGCCGAGUGGAAGCAAUUCAAACAGCCAUCUCCGAAGGUGAAACAAAGAUUGAGCGUCUGGACGAGUUCUUGCAAGAUGGAUUCGAUACUGUCUUCGUCCACCGCUAUCGGGAUGUCGAUGGCGUUAUUCGGGGCGAAUGCCUGGCGUCUCUUGGCAGAUGGAUCGCGACAUACCGAGAGAUGUUCUUCGAGGGCCAGUACUUGCGAUAUCUAGGAUGGACCCUGGCUGACGUGGUCGCGCACACCCGGCUGGUAGUUCUGACGCAAUUGCUUCCUCUCUAUGAGAACAAGGAUAACAUUGCCGUUCUUCACUCCUUUACGGAUCGAUUCCGUCCGCGCAUUGUGGAGAUUGCUGCGCAGGAUGCCGACAUCAAUGUCCGCGUGGCUGCAAUUGAGCUGCUGAACCACCUUCGUGAGGGAGGAUUACUCGAACCUGACGAUAUUGAUGCCAUCGGUAAAUUGGUCUUCGACAUCGACCCACGGAUCCGGAAGACCGCAGGUCGCUUCUUCGUUGCCAAUGUCCAGGACGCAUUUGAAGCGUCGACUGAGGAGGUCGCGGAUGAGAUGAAUGAUAUAUUUGCCGACGACGAUGACGAGGAUGAGUUCGAGACGCCCAAGCGCUCGUGGAUCAAAUUCAAGAAUCUGGUGGAUAUCUUCCAAGCUUAUGAUGAUCAUGGCGAGGAGGAGGCUCCUGAACAGACCACAGCUCGCGGUGUGCUUUCUGGAGCACCUGCAGAUUCACGAUUCGUUCUGGCGACCGAGGCUAUUUACCCACACAUGGAGGAACUCUCUCAAUGGCAGUCCCUGGCUGGUUAUCUGCUGUAUGACCACUCGCAGAUUGAGGAUGAGCCGGCGGAAGAUGAUACUGCUGGAGUUUUGCGGACAUUGUACAAGAUGAAUGAAGGACAGGAAUCAAUUCUUCUUGAGAUUCUAUGUGCCGCAGUCAAGCUCCGUGUGCUUGAUGUUGCAAAGUCCGAUAUCGACAAGCGCGGACGCAAGGUCAAGGCGCUAACUGCCAAGAUCCCUGAACUGCAGGAGGAAAUUUCUCAUGGUCUUGCUCAAAUCAUUCCUCAGCUUCUGAACAAAUUCGGAUCCGCACCCGAAGCUGCAUCUGCCGUUCUGCGUCUGGAGCAUCUAGUGGACUUGGAUACCAUUCAAGACCUCCAGAAGGAUGCCACCGCCUACACAUCGUUGCUGAACGACAUCAACAAGCAGUUCCUGACUCACUCGGACCAAGAUGUCUUAGCCGAGGCCAGCGUUGCUUUCCUGCAUGCCAAGAGCUCUGAGGAAAUGCGUGAGGCUCUUGAGGGUAAAGUUCAGGAGUUGUGGGACGAUAUGAUUGACACACUCGGUGCGCUGUCUCGCAAAAAGGAUGUCCAGGCAGCCGCCUACAUUUCAGAUCCCACCAUCACCGACCUUGCCAACACUGUUACACGAAUUUUCAACCUCUCUACAAUUACCGACUGCACAACUAUCCUGGAGACGGUACCAAAGGUUCACUCAAAAUCCAAGAAAGACACACUCGAGGCUCCAUUCAAUACACUCAUCCGUUUGACCAAGCGUGGCAUUCGCAAGCCGGACGAGGAUGAGGAUAUUGCCAAAGCCGAGACUGAAGUGGUAGCCAACAGCAUCCGGACAUUGCUUUUCUAUUUCAUGUGGAAGGUGCAGGCUCUCGCAGCUUCAUUGAAGGAGGGGAAAGCGACUUUCACUACGUCAUACUUCGAAUCUCUCACGAAGAGCCGUGAGACCUUUGCCUCUGCCCUUCUUCCGAUUAUGCAGAAGCGUGCUGGCCUCGACGAUCUCCGAUUCACAGCUGUCACAACGUAUCUAGACCUUCAUACUCUCUUCGGCACUCUUCGCAACAUCGGUCAGGGCGUCGGGAAUGAUGAGGAUGUUCUCUUCCAAGCUCAGAGCCUUGUGCACGAGAUUCCGUCAGAGGGUCAAUCUAUCGUCGCCAAGAUCCAAAGCAGUGCCGAGCGCAUCUUCGCUAAAAAGUCCAACCGCGACCUUGAACCCGCAGAGGAUGAUGCGCCUGCCUCUGAGGACGAACCGGAGGAUGACGAUGAAGCGAGUGACUCUGAUGAUGAGGCCGUUGCCAACGAGCGUCUACGGAGCAGCAUGAUUGCGGAGCAGCGUCUCUGUGAGUUGACGGGUAAACUCGUUCUAGCCAUCAUCGGCCGCGUGAUUGAUGCCUCUGGGUCGAAGCGCGGCUCCCUUAAGAAACGACUCUUGCAUAACAAGCACGGCCUCGGCCAAAAUUACCGCGAGGUCCUGUCGUACCUUGAGGAGCGUAAGCCUCGCAGCGCGCCACGCAGCAAGGGCAAACAGUCUGCGAAGCCUGAUGCCGGUGAAGGCGAGGCACUUACGACCAAGAAGGACUUCAAGUCUGCUGAACGCAUCGACGAGGAUGAGGACGAGGACGAGGAGGAUGGGGACGACGCUGAUCCAGUGGAGGAAGAUGACGAGGAGGAUUUGCGUACUCGCGGUCUCGUCGAUGAAGAUAUUGACCGUGAGAAUGAAGAGAAUGAAGAGCUUGAUGACCCAGCACCCGAAUCGGAUGAGGAUGAGGUGAUGGGCGAUUAA